UAUCAUGUGACCGCACCUUAUGACUUCCUUUUUUGCAUAUCGUUGCAGCUGUGCUUUCUUUACUUUCAAAAACUCUGUCAUACAGCUCACAGCCUCCAAACAGGCUUCAGACAUUUUUUUUAAAUCCACGUUUAGCCGUGUUAUUUUCAACUAGUCUGCCAAGGAUGGCCUCUCAACUCGUCCCCUGCUUCCACAUUACUGUCGUAUUGUUGUGUUUCACAGUUGGCAGAAGUGACAUUUCCUGCAGAAAUGAAGCUGGUGAAGCUGUUGACUGGUUUAUCAUCUACAAACUGCCCAAGUUCAGGAUUGGGGAGGUUGGCAGUGGCGUGGAGUACAUGUACCUGGACUCAGCAGCUGGUAGCUGGCAGAGGAGUAAAUUUAUGGUUAACACAACCCAAGGAGCCAUGGCCAACACUCUGAAUCAACUGUACAAGGGAAAGGUCUACAUGUCAAACAGCUCUGUGUAUGCACUCUACAAUGACGGUGCACCACACCAGAAAUACAUACGCACCUAUGGACACACUAAAGGGGUUCUGCUCUUUGACCAUUCUCAAGGUUUCUGGCUGUCCCACACCGUUCCCCAUUUCCCCUCGUUCCCUGAGCGAGGCUACCAGUACCCCUCCUCUGGCAAACACAAUGGCCAGACUGCCCUGUGUGUGACCUACCAGUAUUCGCAGUUUCUCAGUAUAGCACAGCAGCUCGUCUAUGUUUACCCACGUUUCUACAACUGUUCUGUUCCCACUGCGUUCUCGGCCGACCUGCCGCAGCUCCUCCAGCUGUGUGAGGGCUCCAGACCGCCACUGACCGCCAACAAGGGAGUAAAGGCACUGUUUUCUGUCAGUGGGGACAAAUUUGUCAGCUUUGCAAAAUCUGAGCACUUUGUAGAUGAUAUCUACACAGGUUGGGUGGCUCAGGUCCUGGGCUCUGAUCUUCUGGUGCAGACUUGGCAGACCCAAGGUCGAGAGCUGCCCUCCAACUGCUCACUGCCGAGGCACACCAUGAACAUCAAGAGGACUGUGCUUCCGCCAUCGGUCCAGUUCGAAUCUCAUUACGACCACUCAAAGUGGUGUGUGUCACAGGCUUAUGAGGACCAGGUGGUCUGCCUGGGGGAUCUGAACCGGGUCAAGACUCAGAUGUUACGUGGCGGAGGGCUGAUCUGCUCCUACAACCCUGUGAUUUACAAGGCCUUCAGAAAGGCAGUGGACUGGUACAUUAGCUGCUAAACAAGACUGAAUUAUAACUGAGGAUUAUUCAGUCAUGAUUCAUUUACAAUGUACUCAGUUAAACAUGAAGUUUACAUUUUAGACUUUAAAAAUCUGUCUUAUAAGCAUCAACUAAAUUUAUUUGAACUUUUACCUGAUAGAUUAUUUUGAUCUUGAAUUGAAUGACAAACUCGCAGAGACUUUCACAGUUAUUGGAACACUUUAGUUGUGUACCACAGCCUUAAAUAAUAGUGGUAGAGAUUUGGUAACCCUAUGAUUUGAAGAAAUCACUCUUUGCUAAAAUUUCUACAUUUAGUUGCACUUCUAGUUUUAAAAAAAAACUUUUAAACUUGUUUUACUACACAGCACAGCAGUAAGCCCUCAUCUGAUUGGUUCAAAAAAGGUUUUUAUUUUUAUUUUUGUGGCAUUGUCAAACUCUGUUCUCGAUUGCAGAUGUUGCUGCCAAGGGUAACACAACCAGUCAUUAGGUUUAGGGGCCAGUUACUUGUGUUACAGAGAGGCUGGUUGGUUAUGCAAGUUUUAAUUAUUUUAUAAAGGAUACCACCCUCUGGAAACAACUUUUCUGUAUCAACGUUAUUUUUUUAAGGACAAAUUGAAACUCCAUGACACUGGAACUGAGCCGAUGGGUCUGCAAAAAACAGAAAGAAAUAAUUUUUUUUAUAAUACUGUAAAAACCAGCGUGAAGGAAUUAGUUGCGUCAUGUAACUGAAUCCAGUGUGUCCCCAUUCAACAUUUGUUUCUAUUUUAUUUGCGUUAAACAGUGCCUCCUAGUGGUCACAGUGGUAGGACGCAGUAAAGCCGUCAUGUUGUUUUGAACAUCGAGCAGAGAAUUGCAUUUCCUCGUCUGCACUGACCAUGAAUUCAGUUAAACAGUAGAGGCAUUUGUGUUUUAUUAUGCUUUGCUUGAGAAAAACUGAAACAAACUACUAUUAUAUGAAUUUGUAUUUGACACAGCCAUUCAUAUGUCCUCAUGAAAUUGUUAUUUUUGUCAGUUGAGUAUCAUGUUGAGAAGACAAUAAAUAAAAACAUCCAUCUUUGUGUGCCAUCA